CGCGCUGAUUUCUGCUGCAGGCGCAGGCGCGGAGGCCGCAGUCGCUCGCGCUCCGGUGCUGCCGUCGCUUCUCGUGCCCAUGGCCGAUCAGGAGCUUUUCGGUGCCCAGCCGCAUUCCGCCGCCGGCGGUAACGGGGCGCUGGCCGACGCCGACGAGGAUCCUGCCGCCGCUUUCCUGGCGCAGCAGGAGAACGAGAUCGCGGGUAUCGAGAACGAUGAGGGCUACGACAUCCUGGAGGACGGCGAGGUGCCGGACGACCUCGACUUGGAUGCUGCUGAUGAAGUGGUUAACAGAAAUGACUAUGAGAAGAUUAAUGGUCCAACAAACUGUGUGACCGUAUCCCAAGUAGAUCGACUGCAGUCAGAACCGGAGAGUAUUCGUAAGUGGAGAGAAGAGCAAAAGGAGCGCCUGGAGCAACUUGAUGCGAACUCACGAAAGCAGGAAGCAGAAUGGAAAGAGAAAGCAAUAAAGGAGUUGGAGGAGUGGUAUGCAAGGCAAGAUGAAAAGCUCCAGAAAACAAAAGCCAGCAACAGGGUGGCAGAUGAAGCUUUCUUCAAACAACCCUUCGCUGACGUGAUUGGUUAUGUCACAAACAUAAAUCAUCCUUGCUACAGCCUAGAACAGGCAGCUGAAGAAGCCUUUGUGAAUGAUGCAGAAGAUGUUUUUCCGGGCACUGAGUGGGAACGUGUGGCUCAGCUCUGUGACUUUAAUCCCAAGUCUAGUAAGCAGGCAAAAGAUGUGUCCCGCAUGCGUUCGGUCCUCAUCUCACUCAAGCAGGCUCCGCUGGUUCGCUGAAGGAAAGUACAAUGGAAACACUACAAAUGCAAUAUCUUAACCGUACUCGGAGAAGCUAUGUUUGCAGUAACUGGAUUAAUUGUUUCAAUGUUUUUUUUGGACCAAACCUCAUGAUGUAUCUAGAGCUGAUCAUUGUUUGAUUGCAUGUUUUUCCUCAUGUUUCCUUUUUGUGUCUGAAAUGGGAGAACCUCCAAAACUGUAGUCUCUGUGCUGUUGUGCACUGAGAUGUCACUUCCCACAUUACUGAUAUUAAAGAUCUGUUUAACAGCAAAA